UAAUUCCGCGUUCCCGACGCUGGGGAUGUUGUCUCCUGCUCGUUCCAUGAAGGCGUGCACGGCUUUGCCUAAGCCAUCCUAGCCGCUUUCCUCCACCCUUCCCCGGCGAAGGGUGCCCUGUAAACGUCCGCCAUCGAUGACGCAUUGACCGGACGAGUCGCUCCCCCUCCUUUCCCCCCCCUCCCUUUUUCCUCCAUCGUCUGGUUCUCCAUCGAACCUGUCGUCGAAGCAGCGCGGCCGAGCUGGGGGGCAAUCCGGGGAAAGGGAGCCGCGGCGCCGCGCACCGGCCGCCGGAUACCCCUCCGCGACGCGCCACCAAUAACAUGCUAACCCGGGUCAAGUCCGCCGUGGCCGGCUUCAUGGGUGGGAUCAUGGCCGGGGGCAGCUCCGCCGGAGGCGGCAACCCCGGCUCGGACCUGCCGCUGAAAUUCCCGUAUAUGAGGCCGGAGUUCUUGGGACUAUCCCCGGAUGAGAUCGAGUGCUCCGCGGAUCACAUGGCCCGGCCCAUCCUCAUCCUGAAGGAGACCAGGAGAUUACCGUGGGCCACCGGAUAUGCUGAAGUGAUUAAUGCCGGGAAGAGCGCUCUGAACGAGGACCAGGCGUGCUGCGAGGUGGUGGUGGUGAGGAGGAGACCCAUGAGCUACUGCCCACCGUCCACCCCAAGCAGGACCCCGACCGCCAAGAGACGCAACUCCCUGCCCAAUGGGGAGGGCCCUGGGCUGCGCUUGGAGCACGGCAAGCUGGGAGAGGACAACGAGGGACUCGUAUGCAUGAUGCCCCCCAUCUCUGAAGAGGCUUGA